AUGUCUGACCCUACAGCUAACCCGGCACAAAUGCGGGUGGACACGCUCGACCCAGGGAAGGUUAAGCUCCCAGAUUUCGUCGAGGAGCAUACGGACCUAUGGUUCUGGCAAGUCGAGGCGGCCUUCGAAGCGGCAGACAUCGUAUCCGAUAAAAAACGGUAUUACACCAUAAUCGGACAACUGCCCACGCGCGUUAUGUACAAGCUAGCCGACUUCCGCACAAAUCCACCGGCACGAAACGAAAUGUACGACAAUCUUAAGGCCCGAAUUAUCAAUGAAUUCGCCGACAGCACACACACAAAAUUGACAAAGCUGCUCAGCGACCUAUCACUCGGCGACCGCAAGCCGUCGCAGUUGUUAGCCGAAAUGCGGACCAGGGCGGCAGCUACCCCAGUAACAGACGAGCUCCUAAAGCAGUUAUGGCUCCGAAAUCUCCCAGAACAGAUACGCGCAAUACUAUCCGCAGACGAGCACAUAACUUUG